GAUAGAGGGAAAGCCAAAAGUUUAUUCACUUUUUAAUAAUUUUUUAAAAUAAUAUUGUAAUCUAUAUCCGCCAAAAUGUUCAAAAAGUACAAAAAUUAAAGUUCUUCUCAGUGAUUUGCACGAAAAAAGUAUAAACUCUCACGCAGAAAAGUGUAAAUUGGAAAUUUAUCAAAUUUUGUAGUCCGAUUUGGAUAAUUGCUAACUAGAUCACGAUGUAUUCAAACGAAGAUGCCAGUGACAAUAACGGGCACAGCAUGUAUUCCAAUUUACCUCUGCUGUUUGCGGGCGGUUAUCCUACAUCUUUAGACAGAAUCAGUGAAAGCCAAUUAGAGAAAUUUAUUCCAUUUAUGGUACAAUGUUCGUUAGGAUACACCCAAAUGAAUCCCAAAUUCGAGUGUGCAGAACCGGAAUGGUGGCCAGAAGAUGUUGAAUUUCUCACACCAUUUCGCAAGCCGGAUUCUUUCUCGGGUGAUUGGCAAGCCAAGAUGAAAGAAAUUGUAGUUAUUUGCUAUUCCUUUCACAAAAGCAUAUUUCUGCUGAGGUUCUGCAAACAACUCUCAGAAUAUGAACAUGCCACAUUGAGAUUCAUUACAAAUAUGAACCAUACGACAUCUCUGUACGAGAGAACUACGAACAAAAUGUUAGUGACGUUUAGGAAUGAAAAUAUGCUCUAUGAUCAGCAGCAACAGCAUCAAACACCAAAAAAGACCUUAUUACCAAAGUCUCCGAGUUCGAAUCAACUUGACACGCAGGCGCAACAACACAUGGUUGAGCCAGCUCUGUUUGACAUUUAUCUCUGUGAUAACUGUGAUGCAGAAUUAUACUCACUUGAUGCAUGCAUGGAACACGAAAAGAUCUGCGCUGCCAAUAUGGCGGCCCAAAAUGACGAUGACGACGAUGAUGAUGUGAUCUUCAUUGAAGAUGAUGAGCUGCAAGUUGUACCUGGAAAAGGAAAACAACCAGAAUUCUUGUCGAACUUUGGUUUGUGCAGCACAAGUGCUCCCGUGAAUGCGAGUCAAGCCAGUCAAGGGCGUCGUUCAUACGGGCACAUCAGUGGCGACUACUUCGGUUCACCCGACAAACUACGACGUCUUCCUAACCGAUCUCGUGGAGUGAUUGCUCUGUCAAAAUGUGCCACAAUUCCUCUGUCAUCGCCCUGUGGUCAACUUCUACUCAACCAAUCAAAGACAAUGAUGUCUGAGGAUUACCAACUGGAGCGGAUUGAUCGGUUUGAACGUUUUUGCCAAGCUCCUGUUUUGUUUAACGCUGCAGACCGUCCUCGAUUUAUGACUGCCGUACCAAAUCAACUCACUGCGAAGCAAUCGCGCAACGGUAACAGUACGAAUGUUACAUAUCGCAAACCUCUGGAUCAGGAGGAAACGCACUACCAUCAAUACAAGUUCCCACGAAGACAGUUGUCAACUAAACAACGCAGUGAGAACUUUGAUUUCCUCAACUCGUUGCUCAUCAAAGCUUGCAAACCUGUUUCGGUUAAGGUAAAACGCUUAUCUGACACUGAUAUCGAAAUUUGUAAAGCCAAGUUGCGACAAGCUGCACAAAAGUUAUCAUUUGCCGUACCUAAAGACAAUCACAAUGUCGUCGAAUACAUUGAUCUCUGUUCGUCGGAUGAAGAGGGGGGCGAGGAAAAUGAACAAAUGGACACGAGUGGAAGUGGGGGCAUCGAAGUCGACGAAAACUUGUCGAAUGUGCAACAAAAAGUCGACGGGAUUGUCAUGUCGAUGCCCAUAAAUGCCAAUUGCUCAAGUUUGCUUGUGCAACAAAUUCCCGAACCACCAAAAGUAUUACCGUUGCGCCCCUCGAUUUUCCUCUUCUCCAAUUAUCAGCAGUACUCGAGUAAUAGUCAAUUUGUGCCUGCACCACAGGCAGCUUCCAUACAAACGCAACGUACGAUAACGACGGCGACAACGGGCUUUCCACAAUCCCCCCGAAAUCAGUCGCACGAAGAACUUCUCGCCGCAAAGACAAAUAGUAUCAAUGAGUGGUUGAACAGCACGCAAAAUAGCAUGCAAAUUGACCAUCUUAGCACGAAUAACACGAGCGCUAGCAGCUUACGACAAAUUCCGGGCCUUGUUAAUAUCCAACAGUACACGACAACGGCCAUCCAUCAAACUAUCACGACGGCAAAUAUCGCGACAUAAUACAUGUAAUAAAUUUGAGCUUUUAUAUUUUAUAAAUUUCUUAUUUUACAUUAAAUUAAAUUAUGAAAAAAAAAAUUAAGUUCAAAAUUUUAUCAAAAACACUUUUUAAUAUUGUUAAACUUUCUAAAAAGACAAAAAAUUGAGGGAUAGUUUGAUUUUUUUUUUAGUUUUUACCCUCUACCGUUACCUAUGUAUAUCUGAAAGAUUCUUGUAAAAAGGAAAGUUAGCAAUCACUCAAUUGCAAAAUUGAUGUUUAGAACUGAAAAGAAAUAAAAUUGGUUUAGUUUUAACUCGUUAUAAAUUAAAACUCGUUAGCAUAAGAA